AUGGGACGACCACGCAAAAAUCGUGGUGCCUGCGACCGGGUCUCUGAGGGCGACGACAAUGUCGUCGAACCCUGGAGGCUCAGGUUCAAGAAUGAGUUUGAUGACGACGAUGAGGACGUUAAAGUCUUCAUGAAGCAGGAGGAUGAAAAUGCCGGGGCCAAUGCCGGAGCUAAUAUCCAGGCCAACAUUGAGGCUGGUGCAGAUGGAGGUAAUAAUAACCCCAUCAUAAUUGAGGACGACCUCCAUCGAGGCGACCCUAAUAGCAACCACAAUAACGGCCACGGUUUGGGGGCACAAGACCCACUACCGGUCAAUAAGGAAGUAGCUGAUGAGGAGCUUGAACGUAUUGUGAUGGCUAUUGACGAGCGACAUUGCGACAAAUAUAAGUGGUUCAUAGAACGCUAUAUACGUCAGAUCCACGAGCCUCACGAAAUCUUAUCAAAGCAGCUCUACUAUCGACGUGUCAUGGUAAAGCACAAGACAAUCCAGAUCCGAGCUGACCCUAAAGGCAGAGAGAGAUGGGUUGUGAAAGGAAUGCGACCGAGUGCUUGCAAAAGACUCGACUUUGAAGCUACGCGAGCUCACUUCACGGCUCGUACUACAGCUCGCUCAUUAGAGUGGUCAGCCCAUAAAAAGCGGGUGCCUGCCGACCGACUCAGUGCUAUCCUUGCAGAAGUAACUACAGCUUACGGCUGGCCCGAGAUAGUCACGGUCGAUAUUGUGGAUCAUAUUCUCACUACAGAUGACAUUCGUGACAUAAACGCCUACGACGGACAUCAGGGCCUUACUAUUGGCGCCUUCCCUCCUCCUAACCGGGUCUCUGCUGAGUCGGACUUGGAUGAUAUUUACGAUGCUGAGCCUGCAGUAAUUGGCAGCCGAGAGCCGCAAGUUUCUCAGCGCAGUGUCUUACAGCCGUCUUCAUCCCUUAGCUCCACCCUGUUCCCGGGGAACCCUCGUCCUUCAGCCUCCUUACUCUCCUGGCCCGAAAGAUCCUUAUAUAAGAGGGUUCAUCAGAAUGAUAACCAGGAGGAGCACGGUGAAAAGAGGCAGCGACUAGAUGAUGAGCGUGAGGGUUGCUCACAAGAUAGCCAACGCCAGGAUGAGAAAAAGGUGCGGCUUGAGGCCCUACAUCAAGAAUUCACGAAGAAAAUGAUGGAAAUCUCUAACACCUAUCAUCGUCGCCGACUAGAGAUUGAGAUGGAAUAUGAGACUAGAGAAUCUUAA